UCAGUCCCCAUGUGAAUUUGAGACAUGCUGACCGUGUUCUACCUUGAGGGGAAACUAUAUAUGGCUAUGCAAUGUAGAUCUUUAUAGCAGCUAGCUGUUGAUACCACUGCACAACAAGUUGAAACGUUUGACAAGUGUGCCGGUGCCGCUUGGGCGAGAGGGCUCAUUCCCAGAAGACCAUAGGACUUUCCAAAUGAUCACGCACGGUUUAUUAGUUGUGUUCACUGUACAUCUGACUGUAUUCUUACCUAUCUACCAUUUUGCCUCGCUUCCGCAGACAACCAAUGACAUAAAAGAACAUUACUUUGAGAAAAGGCAAUCACUAGCCUGUGAACGCUCUGCCAAUGGUCUGCGCAAGUACCGCUGCCCAACUUUGGACCAGUAUGGCAACAUCCGAUGUAUUGAUGACAACAGUCUUUGCAAUCACGUGCCAGAUUGCCCCGAGGGGGAGGACGAACAACCUAGUCUCUGUCUCUUCUACAAAGUUAUUGACCGCGACCUGAAGGCAUUGUUUGACUUCAUCGUUGAAAGGUUUGAAACACAUCUUCACCGUCGUCACUGAGUUCCAGAAAUGAAUGGAGCUGACCUCUCGCCCCGUCUGCCUUCACACAAUGGCCCGCCCCGCUGGUGUUACAAACCUUUUGUGAAUAUGAGAACUUACACGAAGAUCUUUCAAUGCACACGUUAUACCAUUCAAAUAAGUAUUUUGUGAAGCAUUUGUUUUAAUGAUUUUUAACUUCCUGUUUUUUAUUUCGUUUUUAUAUUAAAAUGAUUAAUUCAGAUACUUAUAAGUGUGAGACCUGCAUCACGUCAGGAUUAAGCUGGGAUGCUGUAAAAGGCGGCGUUAUACCUACUGUCUGACAUGCUGUCUGGUAUGUCUCAUUGCAUGGAAACACUCCCCGCUUACAAAAGCAACAUCACCUUUUUUCCUCGUUUACACUAUGGUCUUAUACCUCGUCAUGUCUCGAGCUUGUGAUUAUUCAACAUAUCUUUGAUGAUACUAAUGUUAACGAUUUUAGACAGUAUACUCUAUGUCUGUUAUAUCGACUGUCUGGCCCUGCUUAGUAAUAAGUAUACAGACAGCCACGGAUAUGUAUAUGUUCAGAGGAAUAUUCAAGCUGUUAAAUUGGAAACCAUUUGACUAUAGUUGAUUAGUUGAUAAUGCCCCUGUGCAGAUUUUAAUCACAUAGCCAUACUCAAAUAGCUUGUGCAAUUCCCCAAAACAAUCAAAUGUCUGAGACACGUAUGCUGUUUACAUGAAAACAAAGUAAACGUCGUGAAAUAUCUAAAACUUGGGUGCGUAACCCAACUCAAAACCCAGAAUGGGAAUACAUUCCUGACGACACGCACUUAAAGGUUGCCAUCAAGCGUUCAAUCCAAGAGCUGCUUAAUCCCAAAACGGUACUUAGAUCUAUGCAUAAAGAUUCAGUGUGACAAAAACGUUUCAACAAUACUGUAUUACAACUUUCCACUAUCCCUUUAUGUCGAGUAAAUAAACAACUCCAGCCUUUGUUGCUUACAUUUCGAACAUUUUACAUAUGUUUUAUCAAGAUUUCAAAUAGCGUCAUUUGACUCCUGCUCAGAAGAUGUUCGAUAAAGGUUACAACAUCCAAAGCCUCAGUAAAGAUUUCAAACGUUUUGACAAAAAUGCUGUCCGAUGCAAUUCCCUAUUUUGACUUGUACCAUGACUUG